CGAACGAGGCAGUUAGCGCGCGUCCUGCCCCGGCGUGACAGUUGCUUCUCUCGUCCGAUCGCCGUCGUGUCGCGGUGGUGGUCUGUCGCCCGUUCCACAUUUUAAUAUAAUAUUUUGCAUUGCGCGAUCUAUGUAAUUAUUGCGACGACAAUCUGCGAUCGCUUAAUCGCACAGCAUAUUGAGCACUUCGAUUGAUCCGAACGACAGACAAUAAGUUUUUCACGGCCGUCGCGAGAUUUUUUCGAUUCUGUUUUUACAAACCGUUCGACAUUUACACUCGAUGACGGUGGUUUACGGCUUUUAGAAAUCGAAUCCGACGCGUAUCUGCGUAAUAAAAAAACAUUUUUACUAUAAUACCGUUCGUCGGUCUGGUUUUUUAUACUCAGAGGACGUCAACAAACGGAUUAUCUUUCAACACUCGGGUGCUGAGACCCCAAAACAAUCAUGAUUAAAGUGGAUGAAUCAGAUCCAGUAGGAGAACUAGAACCUAGCUUUCCUUUCAAAGAUAUUACAAUUCGUAGAGGGGUAGAUAUGAAAGAACACUAUGAGCUACAAUCUGAAAUUGGACGAGGGAAGUUUGGUACGGUGUUCAAAUGUCGAGAAAAGGCUACGAGUCUUAUGUUGGCUGCUAAAUUUGUCGGUAUUGUUCAUAAACAAGAUCGUCGAAAUGUGGAAAGAGAAGUAGAAAUAAUGUGUGAACUUCAACAUCCCAGACUGAUACAACUCUACGAUGCUUUUGAAGCAAAUAAUGCAAUGUGCUUCAUUUUAGAAUUAGUCGAGGGAGGUGAAUUAUUCGAGCGAGUAAUUGGUGAUGAUUUUGUAUUGACCGAAAAAGCUGUAACGAUAUUCAUGCGACAGAUUUGUGAGGGAGUUCAAUUUAUUCACUCUAAAAAUAUACUCCAUCUUGACCUUAAGCCAGAAAACAUAUUGUGUUUAACUAAAACUGGAAAUCGUAUAAAAAUCAUUGAUUUCGGUUUGGCCAGAAAAUUCAAUCCAGAAAAUAAACUUCAAGUGUUAUUUGGCACACCAGAAUUUGUAGCGCCAGAGGUAGUAAAUUUCGAUGCUAUUGGAUUCGGAACAGACAUGUGGUCUGUAGGGGUAAUAUGUUAUGUCUUGUUAUCGGGUCUGUCGCCUUUUAUGGGAGAAACCGACGUGGAAACUAUGUCCAACGUAACAAUCGCUCAAUAUGAUUUUGAUGAUGAAGCAUUCGAUUCCAUAUCUAACGACGCAAAGGAUUUCAUCAAAAAGCUUCUUGUCAAAGAUCACAAGAGCCGUCUGACUGCCACCGAGUGUUUAUCGCACCAAUGGAUGCAAAAGAAAAAACCGAAGAAAAUGGUACGAAAAAGUUCAAGCAAAAAAUUAGUAAAACAAAUCGAAGAGAAAACGAAACAGGCGCCGGUGGUGGUGGAGACUACAACAUGCACCGGUCAAGACGCAUUACUUUUGCCACUGGAUGCGAGCAAAGAGAACUUGAAAGAGUUGUGCAGCAAGUCACGUAGCCAAUCGCCGUUGGAGAUAGCUUCCAUAUCGCCGUCUUUGGCACAGCUCAGAAUUCUGCAAAAGGACAGUAAACCUUCAAAGACGUCCGGAAACGACAAAGACAGCAUGUCAAUACCCACCGAAACCACCACUGGCGAAUCUAGGGUGAUGGCGGCCGGUACGCUAAACACAGCCGCCACGACUUCCAGCUUACCACAACACACAACCGCCACGACUUCCAGCGUACCACAACACACAGCCGCCACGACUUCCAGCGUACCACAACACACAACCGUUACGACUUCUGUCGUACCCCAACACACGGGCAUCACGACUUCCGGUAUACCGCAACAUACGGCCGCCACAAUUUCCAGCGUACCGCAACACACGGCCACUACGAGUUCCAGCGUACCACAACACACAGCCGCUACGGUUUCUACCGUACCGCAACACACGGCCACCAAGACUCCCGGCAUACCACAACACACAGCCGCUACGACUGCAGUCGUACCGCAACACACAGCCACCACGACUUUCAGCAUACCGCAACACACGUCCGGUACGUCUUUUAGAGCGGCCGUCGACACAACACCGGCGGUGGAUAUCGUGAAGGGUGUUGCGGACCGGCAACAGCUGUCAACGACCACCUGGUCUCAUUCUCAUACGACUUUUCGAACGCAGACGAACAAUGCAAACUGCAGCAACAAUUACCGUCGUGCGUCGGACGUAUCGUACACGUUUUCGAACUUCCGGACGUCAUCGGCGGCUGCAGCGUCGUCCAAUUUCCUGGGACAGGAGCUGCGAGACCUGCAGACAAUGAUGUUGGGAGACCGGUCGGAAGCACUGCAGCAGGACAGCAACGUGGGCGGUUCCGGGAGCAGCCUGCACAAGCUGCUGCUUAACCGGCAGCACCUGACUGCGGCCGUCACGGACCGGAAGCCCAAGUUCAAGUUCUCGUCAAUGAACCGCGACGUGCCGGCCGGGUCCCCGCCGCCCGUCAGCAACCUGUUGUACUACAUGACCGCGGCUGCGGCGGCGUCUUCGUCGUCGUCGUCGUCGUCAUGUCGGUCGGCGCCUCACAGCAAGCGCGCAUCCCCCGAACACGAGUCGACCUCCGCCAGAGAGAUGUUACUCAAAUUGUUCUACGGCGGCAGCGACACCGUGGCCGAACCCAAUUUGUCCACUUGAUAUACGCAUCGCCCCACGAUGGCACCCCGUGCAAGUAAAUAUUAUAUAUAUAUAUAACACGUAUUUAUAUACGCUAUGUAUAUAUAUAUAUUACACAAACGUAAAUGCAUACAUGUGUGAGUGUAUGAUUCAUUAU